UAUGAUUGCUUUAAAUCGUGACUUUGAAUCUCCCGUUAAAAUGGAGAAUAUAAAGAGAAGAUUUCGACCAGAUCAGGAAUCCUCAUUAAACAAACUUCGAAGAUUAAAGUUGAAAGAAUUACAAAGGAUUAUGUUUGUCAAUCCAAAUAGACCACCCGAUCAUGUAUAUAACUUAAAUGUCACUUUAAGCGAAAAAAUACCCUUGGAAAGAGAAAUUCCAGACACGAGACCCCAAAGUUGUGAUAAAAUUGUGUACGACAUCUCCAAAAUGCCUAAAACCAGUGUCAUUAUCAUCUUCUAUAACGAAGCCUUGUCAAUGUUGUUAAGAACUGUUCAUUCAAUAUUGUCAAGAACUCCAGAUGAAUUAUUAGAAGAGAUUAUACUUGUUAAUGAUCAUAGCUCUAACAAAGAUCUGAAAAAAUAUCUUGAAAAAUAUGUUGGAUAUCUUCCAAAGGUAAAAUUAUUACAAACCACACAGAGAGAAGGAUUAAUUAGAGCGAGAUUAAUUGGAUUUCAUGAGGCCACUGGAGAUUUUGUGUUCUUUCAAGAUGCUCAUACUGAGGCAAAUGUUGAUUGGUUACAACCUCUACUACAGGAAGUUAUCAAAAACCCCAGAACUGUAAUUCAACCAGAAGUCGAUCAAAUUGAUGCUCAAACUAUAGAAUAUAAAGGCGGCAAUAAUAUAGUUCCAAGGGGUGGUUUUAGUUGGGAUCUUCGUUAUACAUGGAUGGAGAUGCCUGAACAUGAGAAUCAAAGGGUAACAAUAGAAGCUGAGAAGCUUGGUGUUGUACCAGAUUCCCUACCGUUUAGAACUCCAACAUUAGUAGGUUGUGCUUUUGGAGUUUUAAAAUCUUAUUUUAACCAUAUUGGUACAUUUGACGAUGAUAUGAAAAUAUGGGGUGGUGAAAAUAUUGAAUUAGCUUGGAGAGUUUGGCAAUGUCACGGUCAAGUUUUAACUCAUCCUUGCUCUAGAGUUGCUCACACUUUUAAACCAUUUUCCUAUAAGUUUGAUGGGGAUAGAGAGAAAAUUGUACAAAAAAACUUAAUGAGAAUGGCGGAAACUUGGAUGGAUGACUAUGCCAAGUAUUUUUACGCAAUCUCCUACGCUUGGGUACCAAAAAGGACAUUUCUAACGAGGAAGGAAAAGCAGAGUUUACAAACUAGGAAAAAAUUAAGAAGGGACUUGAAAUGUAAAUCUUUUCGCUGGUACUUAGAAAACAUUAUUCCUGAAAUGCCUACGCCUCCUGAUUACUCUCUUUAUCAUGGUGAAAUCUUUAGUGUAAAAUCGGAGGCCUGUUGGUUCCCCAAGCCCAGCGGUUUUAUUGGAAUAACAUAUUUUUGCUUCUUCCAUAGAAUAGUGCCACAGAAUGAACUUUCUAUGAAUGUAAAAGGUCAUAUUUUCAUUGGAUCAAAAUUUGUCAGAGUAGACAAAAAGUUAUGGUUGCUGUACCUAAGUGACGAAGAACCAUCUCCAAACGAAGAAAUUUGGAGAAUGAAUCACAAUGGCUAUUAUACUGGACAAUUAGGUGUUGAAUUUACAAAUGCGCAUGGAGCUAGACAAAGAAUGUGCGCUGUUCAAGUAACAAACGUUCACAGAGUUCAUUAUAAGGAGCAAAUGGUACAAUUAUCACGGUGUAAUAUUAGAGAUCCCUUUCAAAAUUGGAGAUGGACUUAUAAAUUAGAUUGGAAUUAUAACUUUGAUGAAAGGCACGCAGAACCAAUGAGAAAUGAGUAA